AUGCCUCGAGUUUUUGUUACGGUCGGAACCACUCAAUUCAAUGACCUGAUCAAGAUCAUGAGCAAACCCUCGGUCUUUCGUGCUUUGCAUGACCAUGGAUACUCUCAUCUCAUCAUGCAGAUCGGAACAGGAGAGGAGCCAGAAAUCAACGAUGAAUCGAUUCCACUCGGAAUGAAGGUUGAAUUCUUUAGAAAGAAGGACUCCAUUCAAAAUGAUGUUCAACAGGCAGAUCUAAUUAUUAGUCAUGCCGGCUCGGGAAGUUUAUUUGAGUCACUUCGAAUGGGAAAGAAGAUUAUUGCUGUUCCGAAUGAAAGUCUUAUGGACAACCAUCAAACGGAAUUGGCUAAUGCAUUAGGACAGGAUGGCAACGUCAUUUCAGCCCGAAUCCACAACUUGGAGCAAUUAAUUGUGGAACAAGGUGAUGAAUUAUUCACACAAAGACUCCAACAACUGAAACCAAUGAAAAAAGCAAAUACAAAGGCCUUCGCAGAUGUGGUCGAUGAGGAAAUGAUGAAUUAA